ACUAUGCCUUCAACCUUCUCCGAGUGGUGCCUGGGGCGCCUGCUGCUACUAGUGCUACUCGGCACCAGCGUCUCGGGCGGGAACCCUGCAGAUCCAGCUAUGACAACACAAGAUUCAAGUCAGACUCAGGUGAAUUCUGUCACUAAGAUGCAACCUGGACAUGGAUCAUCUGAUGUUGCCACACAAGAGCUCAAGCCAGCAAGCAAGGAGGACUCAGAAUAUGAGAUAGUCCUAUCUGGUGCUCCAGUGGAAAAAAAUAUCUCUGUAGCCAGUCCAACUAAAGUUGAACUUAUAUGCAAAUUAGGUGAGGAUUCCAAUUUGAAAAAUCCUCAAGUGACUUGGAAAAAGGGAGGUGAAACAAUCAGUCACACCACUAAAACUCAGAACAGCUGGAGCAUCCAAGUGACCAUCUCAGAAAGCAGUCAGCUGGGAAGUUACACUUGUAUUCUGAAAGGUGAAAAAGAACUCAGUGCUACAUUUCAUUUGCAUGUACCCAAGACUGAAGGAAGAGAAAAACCUGUUAUCACUUAUAUAGGAGAUACAGCUGUAAUGGUUUGUAAAACUGAGUAUAAUGCCAAGGCUUGGACCUGGUAUAUGACCAAUGGAACUGAGCUGGCUCCCAUUAAUACGAUUUUGCAUACUGACAAGUUUGAAAUUAUGAGAAAAUCUGCCAAAGUAAACCGUCUGGAGAUUUUCAAGCUCACAAAGAAAGAUCGUGGUGUAUAUUGGUGUGAAGCUGUUUUUGAUUUAGGGAGCAGUAAAGCGAGGUUUGAACUUAAAGUUCUGUCCAUCUCAGCACCUCUCAAACCCUUUAUAGCAGUUGUGGCUGAAGUUGCUAUUCUUGUAACUACUAUUGUCCUCUAUGAGAUGUAUUCAAAAAGGAAAGGAAAAGGAGGUGGAAAAGAGUUUGACCAAAUUGAGAAACUUAAAUCAGAAGAAAACAUUACUGAGAGAUCCAAGUAGUUCUAGACAGAGAAGUAAACCUUGAAAAGAGAUUUAAGCCAAGAGAAGUGGAAAUCAUCACAAAGCUACAGAAUAUGUAUGCAACUAUGCAUUUUAAACAUUCACUGUGUUUUGAAGUAAAGUCCUCUACAUUUGAUUAAUAAGAUACUUUAAAAAUAGCUCUGAAACUACUCAUUUUAUACAGAUAAUAUGAUAUACUGUAUUUAGAAAUUUAUCUGUAGCAGGUAGUUUUCUACAUGAUUAGGCUUACUGUUGGUCUGUGAUUGGUCUGUUUGAUCUUUGUUUCCCGGACUGAAACUAGUGUUUUAUUUGCUGCAUAAAUGGUUAAUAUAGGGUGUGCAUAUUAUCUGAGUGUUAUAAAACUGGACAUACAAGAUCACAAGAAGUAUUUCCUCCAAAGAAAAUGCCUUUUUACCAGCUGAUGAAGCAAAUGUGGUGCGGUCAGUUUUACCAAAGAAAUGACGUAAGGGGAAUCUUCAUCAGAACUUAAAUGAAACAAUUA